ACUUGCGCAGUAGCAACUUGGGUGUAGUCCGGUUUAGUUCUUUCCUGCCCAAGUUUCUCCAUGGCGGUGGACUCGAAGCACUGAUCCCGUGGAAGUUUGUGGAACAUACCGAGAGCUGCGCCAGAACAAGGACUAGCAUUUCGGGGGAAGGAACGGGCGCAGACUGGCAAAGCAGCCGCGCUUCAAGGCAGUGUCCCGCAUGGUGUGGCUGGUUUCAUCAGGAUCGCGGUAACUGGUUAGUUACAACAUAGUUUGGAGAGUUUGAAGUGUAGGUUGGAGCCGUCCAGCAGUAGCCGAAGACCACUCUGAUCAACAGAAGGACUAAAAAUGCAUUUGUUUAUCAAAGCUUUGAUUUCAUUGACUUUGGCUGCGUGCAGCCACUGUGCUAUGGAUGAAUGCGUCGAUGAUUCGAAUCGGCCUCAGCGAUGCAUGCCCGAGUUCGUGAACGCUGCUUUCAAUGUUACCGUGGUGUCGACCAAUACGUGCGGGUCCCCCCCUGAAGAGUACUGCGUGCAGACCGGGGCUACCGGGGUCACAAAGUCGUGCCAUAUCUGCAAUGCCAGGGACCCCCGACAACAUCACAGCGCCGCGUACCUCACCGACUACAACACCCAGCAGGACACAACCUGGUGGCAGAGCCAGACUAUGUUAGCGGGUAUCCAGUACCCGAACACCAUCAACCUAACACUGCAUCUCGGUAAAGCCUUCGACAUCACAUACGUGCGCCUCAAGUUCCACACCAGCCGGCCGGAAAGCUUCGCCAUCUACAAGCGGACGAGCGAGGACGGGCCCUGGGUGCCGUACCAGUACUACAGCGGCUCCUGCGAGAAGACCUACCAGAAGACCAGCAAGGGCUUCAUCGGCAGGGGCCAGGACGAGAGGCAGGCCGUCUGCACCGACGACUUCAGCGACAUCUCGCCGCUGACCGGCGGGAAUGUGGCGUUCUCCACGCUGGAGGGCCGGCCCGGGGGGUAUACAUUCGACAAAAGCCCCGUCCUACAGGAAUGGGUGACGGCAACGGAUAUCAGGGUGACCCUGAACCGGCUCAACACGUUCGGAGACGAGGUGUUCAACGACCCCAAGGUCCUCAAGUCCUACUACUAUGCCAUCUCGGACUUCGCCGUGGGAGGACGGUGCAAGUGUAACGGCCACGCCAGCGAGUGUGUGAGGAACAACGGGGGGCGCCUGGUGUGCAACUGCAAGCACAACACGGGGGGCGCCGACUGCAACGUGUGUGAGCCCUUCUACAACGACCGGCCCUGGGGCCGUGCCACCGCUGAGACCCCCAACGAGUGUCUGCCAUGUAACUGCAACGGGAAGAGUUCGGAGUGCUACUUCGACCCGGAGCUGUACCGGGCCUCCGGGCACGGCGGCCACUGCCGGGGCUGCGCCGACAACACCGACGGGCCCAACUGCGAGCGUUGCCUGGACGACUACUACCGCGACCAGUCCGGGGAUCGCUGCCUGCCCUGCGGCUGCAGCCCAGUGGGCUCUCUGAGCACCCAGUGUGCCACCGGGGGGCGCUGCAGCUGUAAACCAGGAGUGACGGGCGACAAGUGUGACCGCUGUCAGCCUGGAUACCACACACUGACCGAGGCUGGCUGCAGGCCGUGCUCAUGUGACCCAUCGGGAAGUACGCAGGAGUGUGACGUGGACACCGGACGCUGCAAGUGUAAAGAGAACGUAGAGGGCUUCAACUGUGACCGCUGCAACCUGGGCUUCUUCAACCUGGACCCGCAGAACCCCCAGGGCUGCACGCCCUGCUUCUGCUUCCAGCACUCCUCCGUGUGCGACAGCGCCGAGGGGUACAGCAUCAGCUCCAUCUCCUCCUCCUUCAGCAGAGAUGAUGAGCAGUGGACGGGCCAGCAGAGGGACUCCAGCAGUGUGCCGGUGCAGUGGUCGUCCAGCACCCAGGAGAUCUCCCUCAUGUCAGAAGACUACUUCCCCAUGUACUUCAUUGCCCCAGAGAAGUUCCUGGGUAACCAGCUGCUGAGCUACGGUCAGAACCUGAGCCUGACCUUCCGCGUGGACCGACGGGACAACCGGAUGUCAGCCGAGGACCUGGUGCUGGAGGGGGCGGGGCUCCGGGUGGCCGUGCCACUCAUCGCCCAGGGCAACGCCUACCCCAGCGAGAACGUGCAGUCCUAUGUGUUCAGGCUCCAUGACCAGACCAACUACCCCUGGAGGCCGAGCCUCAGCCACCCAGAGUUCCAGAAACUUCUCCACAACCUGACCGCCAUCAAGAUCCGAGGAACCUACAGCGAGAAAAGUUCCGGUCACAUGGGCGACGUCUCCCUGGUGACGGCGCGACGGGGCGCAGGGCUGCCGGCCCGCUGGGUGGAGCAGUGCACGUGUCCCCCGGGCUACCAGGGCCAGCACUGUGAGCAGUGCAGCCCCCAGUACCGCCGCGCGCAGCCCGGCCUCGGGGCCUUCAGCGCCUGCGAGCCCUGCAACUGCAACGGCCACAGCGACUCCUGCCACCCCACCUCAGGUGCGUGUGAGUGCAAGCACGACACGGCGGGUCUGAGCUGUGAGCGGUGUAAGGACGGUUACUACGGCGACUCCACCAAGGGCACCGACGAGGACUGCGAGGCCUGCCCCUGUCCCAGCGGAGCCACCUGCGCCGUGGUGCCGCGCACCACCGAGGUGGUCUGCACCAACUGUCCCCCCGGCACCACAGGAAAGCGCUGUGAGCUGUGUGACGACGGCUUCUUCGGGGACCCCCUUGGCCAGAAGGGGGCGGUGCGGGCCUGCCGCGCGUGCAAGUGCAGCGACAACAUGGACCCCAACGCCGUGGGCAACUGCGACCGCGAGACGGGCGAGUGCCUCAAGUGCAUCCACAACACGGACGGCUUCUUCUGCGACCGCUGCAAGGAGGGUUUCUACGGCAACGCCCUGGCCCCCAGCCCCCUAGACAAGUGCAAAGCCUGCUCCUGCUCACCCCUUGGGACCCAGGGCCAGCAGACCAGCUGUGCCCAGGUGACGGGCCAGUGCCCCUGCCUGCCCCAGGUCUCCGGCCGCGACUGCAGCGUGUGUGAGCCCGGCUUCUACAACCUGGCCAGCGGAACCGGCUGUGAACGGUGUAGCUGUGAUCGCAUCGGCUCCACCAGCGGUCUGUGUGACAUCACCUCAGGGCAGUGCGAGUGCCAGCCGGGGGUCGCAGGUCAACAGUGCGAACGCUGCGAGGUCAACUUCUUUGGCUUCGGGUUGUCGGGCUGCAAACCGUGUGACUGUGACCCCGAGGGUUCUUCGUCGGGCCAGUGUCGCGAGGACGGGCGGUGCGAGUGCCGGCCCGGGUUCGUGGGCUCCCGCUGCGACAUGUGUGAGGAGAACUACUUCUACAACCGCUCCGCCCCCGGCUGCCAGCAGUGUCCCAACUGCUACAGCCUGGUCCGGGACAAGGUGAACCAGCAGAGGCAGAAGCUGCACGACCUCCAGAACCUGAUCGACAACCUGAACUCCAGCAAGGACCAGCCGAGCGACGCAGCCUUCGAAGAGCGCCUCCGCGAGGCAGAGAGGGCCAUCAUGGAGCUGCUGGAGGAGGCCCAGACUAGCAAAGACGUGGACAAGGGUCUCCUGGAGCGGCUGGCCUCCAUCAACGGCACCCUGACCACCCAGUGGAACCGCCUGCAGAACAUCCGCAGCACGGUGGACCAGAGCGGGGCGCAGGCCGACAAGGCCCGCACGCGCGUGCAGCACGCCGAGGAGCUCAUCGACCGCGCCCGCGCCCAGCUGGACAAGGCCCGGUCCGACAUCGCUAACGUGAACAUCCCGACCCCCCUCCCUGGAGACCCCAACAACAUGACCCUGCUGGCCGAGGAGGCGCGCAAGCUGGCCGACAAGCACAAGAUGGACGCCGACCAGAUCGAAAAGAUCGCUAAGGACGCCAACGACACGUCCACCAAGGCCUACAACCUGCUGAGGAAGACCCUGGACGGAGAGGGCAAGACCGGCGAGGACAUCGACGAGCUCAACAGGAAGUACAACGAGGCCAAGGAGCUGGCCAAGGCGCUGGAGAAGCAGGCCAACAAGGUCCACGCGGAGGCGGAGGAGGCCGGGGACAGGGCGGUGCAGAUGAUGGCCAACCUGACCAGCCUGCCCACCUAUGACACCAAGGCCCUGGAGAACGAGGCCAGUAAGAUCCAGAAGGAGGCCUCGGACCUGGACAAGUUGAUCGACAAAACGGAGAAGGAGUACAACGAGCUGAGAGACGACCUCAAGCCCAAGGAACAGGAAGUCCGCAAGCUGCUGGAGAAGGGCAAGUCGGAACAACAGACGGCAGACCAGCUGUUGGCACGCGCCGACGCGGCUAAAGCUCAGGCUGAAGAGGCGGCUAAGAAGGGAAGGUCCACCUACCAGGAGGCUCAGGACAUCCUGGCUAACCUCAGAGACUUCGACCAGCGUGUGAACGACAACAAGACGGCGGCGGAGGAGGCCAUGAGGAAGAUCCCGUUCAUCAACGCCACCAUCAUUGCGGCCAACGAGAAGACGCGGCAGGCGGAAGCGGCGCUAGGCAACGCCGCUGCCGACGCCCGUGAUGCCAAGGCCAAGGCUGAGGAGGCGGAGAAGAUUGCCAGCACCGUGCAGAAGGGAUCUGCCAAGACCAAGCAGGAGGCGGAGAAGGCCUUCCAGGACACCACGAUGCUGGAGAAGGAGGUCGGCACCUUGAUGGACCAGCUCAGCGCCGCCGAGGACCAGCUGGGGCGCAAGAAGGCCGAGGCGGACCAGGACAUGAUGAUGGCCGGCAUGGCUUCGGACAACGCCAAGGAGGCUGAGGACAAUGCCCGUAAGGCCAAGGGCGCCGUCAAGACUGUACUGGGAACCAUCGCCGCCCUUCUGGAGCAGCUGGGCAACAUUGACAAGGUGGACCUGACCAAGCUGAACGCGAUCGCCGAGUCGCUGAAGAAGGCCAAGGCCAAGAUGGCCACCAGCGAGCUGGACAGGAAGCUGGCGGAGCUGAACGAGGUGGCGCGCGGCCAGGAGGAGAUGAUCAACGACUACGACCGGCAGAUCGGAGAGAUCCGCGCCGACAUCGCCAACCUCAACGACAUCAAGAACACGUUACCGGAAGGGUGCUUCAACACGCCCUCCCUAGAGCAGCCCUAACCCCGCCCCCCUAACCCAGACACAUGCCCCCUCCUCCAUC